AGCGAAUCGGAUCCAGGAUAGCUAGCUAGAAUCGAUAAAGAUGGCGACAGCGAGAGACACCGAAGAUAAAAUUAUUAUCGCUAAUAAAAAUAAGACAUGUUUAUUCAGAUAGGUGCAGAAAUGAUACCUUUAUAACAAAAAUAAAUUCGCUCAUACUGUUGCAUUUUGUUUUUAACUUAAAGUCCCGUGUGCGCAAGCGAUUUGUUUUCAGAGGAGCUCCACAGUUCUAUGUCAAGUUAGCUGUGUUGGCUAGUUAGCCUAAUUGAAUCUCAAUCGCUUAUGGAUUUCUAGGAUCAGGACGAAUGUCGUUUGACUGAAAAUCGACUUUACGCGGGAUUGAAUUUGCUACAAAUUGUUCAUGAACCGAUUGGACAACAUCGUUUAUUUUACGUUGGGAAUAUAGCCAUUCCACUGGCCCGGUGACACGGAGAGUGUCGAGUCGGAGUGCCUGACCGUCAUGUAUUUUUUAACUGGCUGGCCCCGGAGGCUACUUUGUCCACUGAAAAGUGAAGAGGAACCGUUUCAUAUUCAACCCAACUCACAGAGGUUUUACUUCGCUGUGUUGUCAGAGACUCAACUAAGCAUCUGGUUUAGUCGGCCCAGUGUUCUGAUAGUGAGCUACAUAGAGUCAGUGAAAGCAGCAGCCCAGUUUGGCUUCUAUCAGCAGGCCGAAUGGAAGCCGGACGAUUCCAUGAUAGCAGUGGCGGCUGCCAAUGGCUACAGUCCUUCAUUGUUUGAGUGGUGGGAGGAGGAGGGACAAGUACUUUAUGAGCCAGUCCUAUCCCAAGUGUAG